AUGACGGAGAGCCCCGUUGAGUUGAGAAUCGCGCAUCAGGCCGAGCUACAUCGAGCUGUGUUGCAGACUACCAGGAUAUACCCCGAAUUGGAUCGCUAUCGCGAUGUUCGGCUGCCGCCUUCUAGAGAUGGCCCCUCAAGGGAUGUCCUCUAUAGACUUGCGACCGAGGAUCUUCCACCUCCGACGCCGCAGUUUUCCGGAUCCAGUAGCCAUAGCCAGUUGAGUUUCCUCAGUGCCAGCCCUUCAACUAAGUUCUCCGAAUCACCUGGCCCCAGUCCGUACAGCCGAGACACGACGCCUACCUCCAUGUCUUCGCAAUCCCCCGGCCUCGUCGCACCGAUACGAUUUUCUCCCGCCAGAGUAAGACAAACAAGCCCAGCCGAGACAAGACCGCCCGUGACCCGAAGAAGAACCGGCAGCACCUCGAAUGACAGUGAUGCCUUUGGCGUCGACCAUUCUGGUCUUGCUGUGGUCAGAGAAGUAUUGACUUCGUCUUCAUCUAACUCAACAGUACGGACGGACAACCAAAAAGAGAAUAAGGCGCGCCGAGGGCGAUCGCCAACACCCCCAAAUCCGCCUCCGAGAAAAUCGUCGCAAAAGCUGAAGAAGGACCGAGAUGUGGGCGAAGUACGAUCACCGUCGAAAGCAUCACAGAGACCUACCCAGUCUGUGAUGAGGUCUCUUUCACCUACCAAGAUUGCUCAACCGCCUCGCGAUCGAACUCCAGACGUGUUCACAUCACCGCAGCGGCGACCUACGCCACCCUCUCGCCCUAGUAGAGAUGGAACGCCAGACCUUUACUCCCAAUUCGGUGGCCCUGUUCCAAUCGGUCACAGCAAUCUAUCUUCUACGAGUCUUACAGAAAGACGACAAAGUGGCCAACUCGCACCUAGUUCACUGCCGAGAUCAACGACUCCGUCUUCUAAUCAAAACCGCUCAACAUCGGCAAAAGCACCUGUUAACCGAGAGCCUACACCAGCACCUCGGACAGGCAUCCCAACUAGCACCAAGACAAGCGCAUCGGAGACGGGACGGACCACUAGGACGCCUAGCCCAGGAGUGUCAACUUUCAAGUCAACAUUCUCCCUUUUCGCACGGCGAACGAAGACCGCCACUGAGGUCGCAGAGACAGAAAAGAAGAAGAAGAAGGAGAAGUCAACUCGAAAAGGUCCUGCAGCUGGAACUGGUCAUGAAGGAUACGGCAGAGUCGGGGCGGUCAAAAGACGUAGCAGCAACGCCUCUAACCUGCCGCGUGCUUCCUCUGAAAGUCCUGGAAUCACUCAAUCAACGGACCCCUUUCUUCUGGAACGAAUGAAUCCUGUCAUCAUUGCGGGUGGGGAGAUCGUGGAAAACCGAAACAGUAGCUCUAAGCUGGCUCGGACCGAAAGCAACCAAACCAUCCCUAUGAGUCGCGCAAGCAUUGACUCCCGCAACGCUUCAUCUGCGUCCUUGUCGUCGAGGGAGGAUGCUCGGUACACUUUGUGGCCUUCUCCAUUGCCACGGGCAUCUGUUAAAUCCCGGCGUCCUUCAGACAGUAGCGACUCAGAAGCCGUUGCGAUGAAGUCCACCAUUGCAUUUCGAAGAUCGACGCGAGGGCUCCAAUCCCCUGGUCAUGCACCAUUUGGCUUGCCCAAGCCGAUCAAUACCAGGGCUCCAUCUGCGGCGAGCAUGGCGACGACCAUCUUUACUGACGACUCGAUGCCAGAGUCACUGCCAGAACCUGAUCGUGGAUUGCACGACCCAAGUAAUCCGCCCAAGAAGCUGACCAAGCGAGCCAAAUCUCCUCGCAAAUGGAACCUCUUCGGUAGAAGCCAAACCUCAACAAAGGACAAAAAGCAAGUCGAGGCAAAGGUCGCAACAGCGAAUGAAACUGUCCAGAGUAAGCCAGUUGCAUUCUACACAAUGAUGGACUCAUCCGAGCAGGAGGAAGAGCAAGACGUCGCUGCCAUUCUGAGAGAAGCACAAAUUAUGCCUGCGCAUGAGACAUCAGCACAUGGUCGAUCACGGCGACCAUCUACGGGUGAUCGACCCAUUGAUUCAUCACAGAACCAGGGCUCGACAUCCGUUACACCUCGAUUAAACGCGCUUCCUGUUCGAAAGCCACCUGCUCCUAAGCCAGAAUCACAUCAGGAAUGUGUCGGAGACGGAAACUCUACAAGUACGGCAAGUCGUCCGAGCAGGCUUCCUCAAGUGGGCAGGAUACCAAAGGUUUUGAACUCCCGCCUAGAGCAAACAUCUGCAAAAAGCUUCUCUCGGCCAUUCCAUCGAAUUAGCGUUCAAUUCCCGCCUCCGCAGCUAGACAGGGUAGAUCCGCACUCGGUUGCCAAAGGUCCCAGUCCUACCAACGCGCCAAGAUCAGACAUUGCUCCUGAGCCGACAUCGAAAGUAGCGAAAGUUCCAAGCUCUUCAGGUCAAGGGGAACUGCUGGGGCAGGGGCCAACUCCCGAGAUCGGUAAAGAGUUUCUUUCCUUUUCGCCCCAUAAUAACUCAGUAUGCACCACAAGCACAGAUUCUUGCAGCUCGGGAGUUGGGCUUUCCCUUGAUCAUACGGCAGUGCUUCCAGAGCCGGCCGGGCCGCUUGGUGAGGACGAGGUCUGGGACGAGUACAACGAUCUGCUUGGCGAUCCGCCCCUGUCUGCGACGUCAUCGCGAGGUGUCCCGUUCCAUCUUGAAAGCUACGAGACGAAUCGGGCUGAGAGUUCAACGAAGCCCCUCGUAUCGCCAACACUGACAACUCAGCUUGCCAAGGAUGUCAGGGAUUCUAUUGAAACCGGCAGGAGCGCUUCUUCCAGUCAUUAUAGCGCUGAUAUGACCGCAAGGCUCAACGCAGCCUUCAAGUUUGGUAACGAUCAACCAGCGACGCCUUUUUCCGUCUCGGAAUUUGUCUCAGGCUACGGCGACCGCAAUAAGGGCAACGCUCUGUCGAGUCAAGAACGCGUGCAGCCUCAGAGGAACAGCGCGUCCUCGAAUCAGAGUGUCAAGGCAAACUCUUCGCAUCACAGAAGCUCGGGUAGCAGCAGGAACAGCGACGAGACUCCUCUCUCACAGGUCAACCUUCGUGUGGGAUCGAUGACAGUCAGCAAGUGGCUCACGUUUGGGCAUGUUCUCUUCAGUCCAGUCCGUGAGGAUCUUGUCAAUGUUGUCGGGUCACUCAAGCGCCAUUCCAUACUUGUCAUCGACGGACUUGGCAAUGACGACUGGUCUUUCUAUGCGGCUGAGACGUAUCCCGCCGCAACGUUCUUCAACCUAUCUCCUCGCGCACCAAUACCUCAAGAACACCAGUCGAGCUCCUCAUUUCCUCUCUCACCACCCAACCAUCAUCAGAUUCAGUUUACAUCCCACAUGGAUAAGUUCCCUUUCGGUCCUGAAAGCUUUACUUCGAUUGUCUUCAGAUUUCCAGCUGCUGCCCCAGAAGCCCACUACCGCAACAUCAUUUCCGAGGCCCGUCGUGUCCUCAAGCCCGGUGGAUUCAUCGAGUUGGCCAUCCUUGACGUUGACCUCAACAACAUGGGUAAUAGGACCCGACGUUCUGUCCGUCGCCUGAAAGAGCGAGUCACCACCCGGAAUCCUGAUUUGAAUCUCAGCAGCACUGCAGAUCUCAUUCUUCGCCUUCUCGGCAAGAAAGGAUUUGUCGAUAUCAAGAACUGUCGUGUCGGUGUCCCGGUGGCCAGCUCGAUCACGCAUUCUUCGAGCGUUGACGGCAAGAAAGACGAGCGCAGCCUGGCGGAGAUGAUGAGUGACGAAACGGAGAAGGGCGACGAGAACAUCACGAAAAUGGUCUCGAAGGUCGGACGCUGGUGGUACAACCGCUGCUAUGAGGUUCCGACGGGCAUGCCGAAAAGCAUUUGGAACAACCGCGCAUUGCUUGCUGAGUGCGAGGAGUGGGGGACGAGCCUCAAACUAAUGGUCUGCCACGCGAGAAUGCCAGUGGCAAGAGGACGGGUCGCGAGUGUCUGA